AGAGCGCGCUCCUCGACAGCAGCAGAUAGCAAACACUGGGUUUAGUGUACAGCCCAGCCAGGAUCUUCCAGUUUCCGAGGGCGAGCUCUGCUGCUGCUGCUGCUGCUCCAGUAGUAGUGAGUGGCAGUGGAGGUGGUGGUGGUGGUGGUUGGUGGUGGAUUCGAGUCGAGGAGGGAAGAAGGCUCUCUCAGUGGUCAGAGCUUUCAACACAUCUUCUUUAGCUAGCAACUCUCUCCCUCACACACACACAUACACACACACUCUAAUAUUCAGUCGGAACGGAUUUAUCCUAACAAAAUCAUCUGUAUGAUCGGGAGACACAUUCGCGCAGUAUGGUCCGGGAAACCAGACACUUAUGGGUGGGGAAUUUACCUGAAAAUGUGCGAGAAGAGAAAAUUAUCGAGCACUUCAAACGAUAUGGACGUGUGGAGAGUGUUAAGGUCCUUCCGAAGCGCGGAUCAGAGGGCGGAGUCGCAGCCUUUGUGGACUUUGUGGACAUUAAGAGUGCUCAGAAGGCUCACAAUUCCAUCAACAAGAUGGGGGACAGGGACCUGCGUACCGAUUACAAUGAGCCAGGGACUAUCCCGACGGCUGCUCGAGGCCUGGACGAUAGCCUGUCCAUAGCCACUCGUGCACGGGAUGUUUCAGGGUUCACGAGGGGGGCAGGGGCCCCAGUGUAUGGGACCCCUGCAUCGCUCCACAGCAGAGAGGGACGCUAUGAACGCAGACUAGACGGGGCUUCGGAAAGUCGGGACCGUGCUUACGAUCACAGUGCCUAUGGACACCACGAGCGUGGCAGCAGCAGCAGUAGUAGUUUUGAGCGGCAGCGUCACUACGACACAGACUAUUACCGUGACCCGCGGGACCGGGCCCUCAGCGGAGGCGGUGGCAGCACGAGCUCCUCCAGUGCCAGUGCUGCAGGCGCAUCUUUAGGGGUCACUGGAGGGGUUGGAGGGACAGGUUCUAGCAGCAGUGCUGCUGGAGGAAGCAGUGGAAGCGCUGCUGGAGUUGGAGGUGGAGGAUCCGCAUCAGGUGGAGUCAGCUUUUACGGAUCCCGGAGUCGGAGCCCCAGUCGCUUUGAGACUACAGACACUCGAUAUGAGGCUCGCGCGCGGGAAGCUUUUACACUGGCCAGCGUGGUGCACCGGGAUCUGUACCGCGAGGAGAGGAGCAGGCGAGGAGACAGGACUUACCGCCACAGUCGGAGCCGCUCUCCGCACGCCUCCCAGACACACAACGUCUCGCCGCAGAGGUUGGCGAGUCAGGCAGCAAGACCCCCACAUUCCCCCAGCGGCUCUGGAUCCCGGAGUCGCUCUUCCAGCUCGGACUCAGUCAGCAGCACCAGCAGCAGCAGCAGUGGCAGUGAUUCCAGUAGCAGCUCCAGUGAUGAGUCUCCAGCUCGAUCUGUUCAGUCAGCUGCUGUACCCGCUCCUUCCUCUCAGCCUCUGCCUCCACUGGACAAGGAUGAGCCUCGUAAAAGCUUUGGAAUUAAAGUGCAGAACCUCCCGGUGCGCUCAACAGAUACAAGCCUGAAAGAUGGACUUUUCCAUGAGUUUAAGAAGCACGGAAAAGUUACAUCUGUCCAGAUUCAUGGUGCUUCUGAGGAACGAUAUGGACUUGUCUUCUUCCGGCAACAGGAGGACCAGGAGAAAGCUCUUAGUGCAUCAAAGGGGAAGCUGUUUUUUGGGAUGCAAAUUGACGUUACUGCUUGGACUGGCCCUGAGACAGAGAGUGAGAAUGAGUUUCGACCACUAGAUGAACGAAUAGACGAAUUUCAUCCCAAAGCCACGCGUACACUGUUUAUUGGAAAUUUGGAGAAGACUACAACCUACCAUGACCUGCUUAACAUUUUCCAGCGCUUUGGAGAGAUUGUUGAUAUUGAUAUAAAGAAGCUAAAUGGUGCCCCACAGUAUGCCUUUUUGCAGUACUGUGACAUUGCAAGCGUCUGCAAAGCAAUAAAGAAAAUGGAUGGUGAAUAUCUUGGGAACAAUAGAUUAAAGUUGGGAUUUGGUAAAAGUAUGCCCACCACAUGUGUAUGGUUGGAUGGCUUGGCCUCAAACAUUACAGAACAAUAUCUCACGCGACACUUUUGUCGUUAUGGGCAUGUCGUCAAGGUUGUAUUUGACAGAUUGAAGGGAAUGGCCCUUGUCUUGUAUAACAAUAUAGAAUGUGCACAGGCUGCUGUAAAAGAAACCAAGGGUUGGAAGAUUGGUGGUAACAAAAUUAAGGUUGACUUCGCUAACCACGAGAGUCAGAUGGCUUUCUACCGUUCGAUGCAGGCAUCCGGACAAGACAUCAGAGAUUUUUAUGAUAUCCUGUCUGAGCGGCGAGAUGACCGAAGACCACCUUAUCAUGAGUUCUCCACUGAGCGAGCUUAUUAUGAAAAUGUGCGAACUCCUGGAACUUACACCGCAGAGGAUCCGCGUCGCAAGUAUCCUGCUAGGAGUCGGGAGUUUUACACAGAAUGGGACCCCUACACCACAGACUACUAUGACCCAAGAUAUUAUGAUGAGGCUCGUGAAUACAGGGACUACAGAGACCCUUAUGAGCAGGACAUUCGAAAAUACAGCUACAUGCAACGAGAACGUGAUAGAGAUCGAGAGCGCUUCGAUACCGAUCGAGAACGGGAUCAUGGCCGACGGACAAUUGAACAUCCGAGCCAAAGCCCAUCUCAUCCACGUCGUCCUGCCAGCCCUGUUGGUUCCCCCUCUCUCUCUGAAAGGCUACCGAGUGACACUGAGCAUCAUAUUUAUAGUCGCUCCUCUGAGCGAAGUGGCAGCUGCAGCUCAAUUUCACCACCACGCUUUGAAAAACCAGAGAGAAUUAGUUUGGAUCGGUACAAUAAAAGUGCUAAACUUGAAAAAGAAAGACCAGUCUUUGAAGCAGAGCGUGGAGGAAACAGCGGAGAAAAAGACAGACGUGCUGGACGCAAGGAAAAAGGAGAUAAAGACAGAUCAGAGAAACAAAAGUUAAGGAAGUUAAAACUAACAUCUCCCAGUGUUCCAUCGUCUGAGACGGAACCUGAGCCUGAACGGGAGGCUAGCCCUGAAACAGCUCAGCGUAAGUCAAGCAAGCCGGUGCUUAAAGAGAAAGAUUCUGGAAAAGGAAGACUCGAUCUUCCACCUUGUGUUGUCCAGCUAACACGAGUCAAAGAAAAAGAAGGAAAGUUAAUGGACCAUACAGUGAUUGAGAAACUAAAAGGGAAGACUGGCAGUCUUGAUCCUGUCAAGUCUCCACCCCCGCUUCACUCAGCAGACCACAAGAAUAUGUCCCUCCGAAUAGAAACUCAAACUAGGGAGAUCCUCAAACAUGGAAAAGUCCUCAAAGAGAAAUGUUUGGCUAGCCAGGUUGAAGUAGUGGACAGAGAAGGUAAAAGCAAAAGCAGACAGUAUCUUAAAGCCGAUCCUGCAUUUGAUAACUCUUCCAUGGAUACUGAUCGAUUAGCUGCACGAAAGAGGCGUUUUGAGGAAGCGACUGCAAAGGCUAAUCGUUUAAAGAGGAUGACCCAAGACGAAGAUGAAGGAGGGUUUUGUCUGAAGAAGUUGAGCGAAUCUCAUUUGUCAAAGGGAAUAGAUGGGGACAGGAAAUUAUCUCAAAGUGAUAUCAAGCGAGAGAGCAAAAGUGCGAAAACAGAAAAACUGUCUGCUGUAAAUACGAUAGGUGAAGGACCAGAAAUAAGCAAAAUACCCAGUCUUGACCUUCAGUCUCGACCUGUGGAACGGACAGGGGAGGCGUCACAUCCCUCAAACAGUUAUGACCAGAGGAUGCAGGAUCUUGGGACAAAAAGCAGAUCUUGUCACAAGACUGCAGUGUCUGAUGGAAAUACUGAAAUGGAACACUCAAGAGGACAGUACUUAAGACAGAGCCACCUUGAAGGGCUCUCCGUCUUACAUGAUAAAGAUGCACUGGAUAGUGAAGAAAGGUUACUCUUUGACAUGGACCACUCCCAGAGCUGUAGAAAGCAAAUGGAGAAAAGCCGUCGUCUCCAGCAACAAUUGCAAGAGCCUGACAAAACAGACAAAACUGAGAGCACACCUGGCACGGAUGCUGAGGACUUUGAUCGUCGAAGUCUCGUACACGAGGUAGGUAAACCACCUCAGGAUGUCACUGAUGACUCGCCUCCUCUCAAGAGAAAGAAGUCAGAAGCAUUUGACUACGAUUUCAGCAUUAGCAAGGAGCGCAAGUAUCGGAGUUCCAGACAACUGAAUGAUGAGCCUGAAAGGAGAUUUACCACAGCCUUAGCCGAUGAACAGUCAUCUGCAGACAUAUUACAUUUGAUCUCUGACAAAGAUAAAAAAGAAUCACCAAAAACAGAAAACAAAAUUAUCUCCCAUCUUGAUGGAUUAAAAUAUCCGGAGGACAUUCAUGUCACAGAUGCAGUAUUUUUCAAAGUUAAGAAAUCACUAUUUGGCGACGAGGAACUGUGCUGGGAGAGAAAAAUGAGACAGGAGACCCUGAAAGCAGAAAUGAACUUUCCCAGCAGCAUUGUGAAAUGUGACAGCAUUAGGAAGCGUCUUGUACAUGAACUGGAGCCUGGAGAGGUUCAGUCCGACUCUGAUGACGAUGGAGGCGAUUUAAGACAUCUUUCACCAAAGCUGGAAACUGUCUUCAAAAGAGAACGUGAGGGACGUCUUUUAGACCUGAAGCUCUCAGGAUCCCUAGAAAAGACUAAGUUCUAUGAGUUUGCACUGGAUAAGACAAUAACACCAGACACAAAAGCUUUGCUUGAGCGUGCAAAGUCGCUUUCUUCCUCAAGAGACGAUAACUGGUCUUUCCUUGGCUACGACUCAAGGUUCACAAGUAUUCGGACUAGCACUGACAAGGAGAAAGUUGAGCCCACACCAAGACCUAUUCCUUCUUGGUAUAUGAAAAAAAAGAAAAUUCGAUCCGACUCUGAAGGAAAGCAUGAUGACAAAAAAGAAGACCCCAAGCAUGAGGAACAAGAGCGCCAGGAGCUCUUUGCCUCUCGAUUCCUGCACAGCUCUAUCUUUGAGCAGGACUCAAGACGUCUUCGACAUCUUGAACGCAAAGAUGAAAAUCCUGAGGUAGCAGUGGAUAAAGAUGUUGUAAAGUCAAGUGUCACUGUGGAAAAGGCUGGAGCAGGAGGAGCAGAUAUUUCGCAGGAGCCUGUAGUACUUUUCCGUAAUCGUUUCUUGGAGCUACAGCAAAAAAAAGACAAAGACCAAGAGCCACACACUUUUGAAAAAGGCAGCAUUACUGAGACAGUUGAGAAAAAUGUUGUGUCAGAUCAAGAGCAAGUUCAGUCCCCUAACAUGCCAGAUAUUGUGUGUGGUUAUAAAUCAGCAAGCCCUGCUUCACUGGCAUCUCUUUCACAACCCGCCCCCAUAGAAACAACUGUAGCAGAUACCCAAGUUUGGCCACCUACACCAACAGAGUCAUCAACAGUGCCACCACCUCUAAAUGAGAAGUUAGAAAAUAUUCAAGAGACUAGAGAGACAGUCUCUCCUAACCAGCCUAGUCUAUUAAUCAGCAUUAAAUCACUUACUAUUCCGUUAAGCAUGCCACCUACACCUACUAAAGACAGCACAGAAUCAGAGUCUAAUAAAGAAGUUUCUGAACCCCAAGGAACAGCUGCAAAUAUCUUAGCCAAGGAGCAGAACCUUGACGUGAAGCCUCCCACUCCUGCUGCAUCCCCAAGUAACAUAGAGCCAGAGUCCCUCCCUAAGCCAGAGUCCCUUUCACCUAAGAUUGAAGAGCAAGAUAUUCCUAAGCCAGAGUUUUCAGAAGAUAAAACAGAGGAGGUUGAGGAUAAUGUUAACUCAACUGUAGAGUCAUCUUCAGAAAAGCAACUGCCAGUCUCUGAACCUGAAGUGGAGCCAACACAACCAACACGGAAACAACCUAAAAGUAAAAAGGCAAAAGCAAACCAAGCAGCAGUAUUACUUACCCCACAAUCACAGGCAGCUAACAGCGAGAAACCAGCUAUACGGAAGAGUGAACGCAUUGACAGGGAAAAGCUUAAAAAAGCAUUAUCACCAAGGGGAGAGGCUAUCAAAGUUCUGUCUGAUUCCAAGAACACUUCCAAAUCUCCAGUUAAUGCAACAGACAUGGAACAGACUAGUGAUUCAAAUGUGCCACAUGGCAGAACACGACAACGGCGUAAUGUCCGUUCUGUGUAUGCUACACCACCUGAGGAUGAGGCACAUCAACAGCCAGGCAAAGAAGUGGCAGAAUCUUCUAGGUCCAUGCGGAAACGUGCUACUGACAAAGAGCCUGUGCAGCAGGAGGUACUGCCUGCACCAGUAAUCACAAGAAGAGGUCGCCCACCCAAAAUACGCAAAAGAGCCGAUGAUGUUUCUCCAAUGAAGGUGGAGCAGACAAAAAAUCCAGAGGAGGAAGACACAGAGAGCAAAGAAUCAGAAAGCAGUAGUGAAGUCAAUAAAAUUCCAGAGGGAUGGCGUUCUCCUCGCUCUCAAAAAGCCCAGUCUGUAGUCAGCAGAGCUGGGCAGAGCAGAAGAGCAGCUAAAGCAGAUAAACAAUCAGACAGCACAGUAUCCAGCCCAGUUGAUGUCCCUGAAAGUGUGGAAUCUCAUGGCAAAGCAAAAGGAGAGCAAGAGGAGAGUUCCCCAGAAGUUCAGAAUUCAUUGCCGGAUGUAAAACAACAAACAGCAUCUAAAAGAGAUAAAGAACCUAAACAUGUGGAGAAGAAAUGUAUUGUGGAAAAACUGGAUGAAAAGAAUGAGACAGAUACUACAGAAAAAAUACAGACAUCUGAGAAAGGCGUGAAAGGAAAGGUGCAGAGAUUGACCCGAAGCACCAAAAUAUCUUCCGACGAUAAGGUUGUCAAUCUGAAAAACCUUGUCAUUAAUUUAAGUGGAGAUCCUAUUAUAGAUGCUUUGCACUCUGGAGAUGAGAACAGUGAGCACAUUCUAAAGUCGUUGAAGAAAACAGAAGAAACAGAAAUACCUGUUAAAGAAGAGUCUCAAAAAAUAUCAAAUUACUUCAGAGAAGUGGAUGACCUAAGCCCAGACGAGAAGGAUGAUCCACUGUCUGAUUCAGAGCCUUCAGAGGCUGCUUUACUUGCACGGCAAAUGGAGCUGGAAAGGGCAGUUGAAAAUAUUUCUAAACUAGCAACAGAGCAACCACCAGCACCCUACAAAGAAGCACCUUCUCAAACCUCUCCUGUGUUACCACCUGUUGAAGCAGAGCCUGAAGAUGAAACAGAAGUGGAAAAGCCUGCCAAUCCUGCAAGUGAAACAGAGCUUGCUGCUGCAAUCGAUUCGAUUACAGCAGAGGAUAUUUCGGGUGAUGCUGACGGAUUCCAAGCUCCUCCUACAUACACAGCACUACUUCCCACAUCUGAACCAUUAGCUUUGUCUACUGGAAAUGAGGUAAUGGGACCUGAGACAGACUUGGCUAUAACGAAUAUUAUGGAUUCUGAACCAUGUGCUAGUUUGACUCCAGAGUCAAGAUCAUCCGAACCUAUGAAUGUUAUUGAAAGUCCUUCAUCAGAGAUACCCAAAAAGGGAGGAAGAGCACGGCCUAAAACACCAAAGAAAUCCAAAGGUCGAAAAGUUUCUGCCAACAAAAGAACAGAUGUGGCAGCUGCUGCAGUAUUUGAGGCGGAACCUACAUCAAUUAAACUACCGGAGUCUAUUCCUGAGGACAUUCAAACGGUCAACCCUAAAGCAGCGACAUCUUCGGCAGUAGCCACUGUAGUAACUGUUGCUGCCGCUUGUAAACAUGAAGUGCCAUCAACAGUGACUUUGGACACUCCGAAGGAGGCAGAGCAGCCAGCUAUAGACCAGCCUGAACCUCAAGAAUCUGCCUUCCAUUCUGGAAGUAAUAGUCCUUCCUACUUUAGAUCACCAGAGCCAUCCUCAGAGCCAGUAGCUCCAGCACUUACUCCACCUUCAACUCGAAUAAGUGUAACACCAACUCGAUCCGCCAAGGUGCCUCUUACAGCUCCUGAUUGGAGGAACAGGACAGACGAGAAAGGAGUACUCGCAGCGCCCCAAGUUACUGUGGCCACAACAACCCCAACUGUAGGAGUUGGUGGACCUUUAGCAAAUCCCACAAUUCCUCCUGACACAAAAGCUUCUGAUAUUGACCCUAGCUCCAGUACCCUACGGAAGAUUCUGAUGGAGCCAAAAUAUGUAUCUGCUUCAAACAGCAAUGCUGUUUCAAGCACUGUACUUACAACCACAUUGGCAGACCCCCGAAUGUCUCAGAAUGAAAAUUCACCUGUUGUAAAGUCUUCACUACCAGAGGAUAGACCCAGUCCUAUAACACUAGUUACACCCCAAAUGGUAACUCCGCAACCACCUCCCCAACAAAGUGAGCCACUGCAUAUCUUCAAGGAAAAAAUAGCAAAUUCAGUUAUCUCUUCCACUGCUACCUCAGUUAUUAGUCGGAUACCCAUGCCUUUUGAUUUCGAUGACACUCCUCGAAUUUCUUUGAGCAAUCGUAAUUCUGCACUGUCUCAGUCUAAGCAGAAGUACCGUGUAGGCGUGAAUGAGAACAGUAGAUACCAUGGACACUCAGUGCCUGAUGAAGGGCGACUUGCGUCUGAAAACACACCUAGCAACACAGACACGGGACCAGGCUUGAGGGUAAACACCUCAGAAGGUGUGAUGGUACUGAGUUAUUCAGGGCAGAAGACAGGGGGACCUCACCGUGUUGUUGCCAAAAUUAGCCAGAUCCCACCACCCAGUGCAGUUGACAUUGAAUUUCAACAGUCUGUUUCAAAAUCUCAAAUGAAACAAGAGUCAAUUCCAGCUCAACCCUCUACCCCUAAAGGUUCCCAGACACCCACAGGACUUACAAGUGCUGUACUAAGCAGUCAGGGCUUCAAUGCCCAGCCUGUAAUUUCCUCCUUAAAACAGGACAUUCCUGGUUCUGACAAGUCUAAAUCAGUGUACCACACUGGAGUUCAAGGCGCUCAUGUGAAAACAUUCCAACAGUCAAAUACUUCUCCGAUCCUGAGGUAUAGCCAGUCUAUAUUACAUCAUACCAAGAAAGCACCAGUUGGAGAGUCUGUUUCACUUAAAGUAAAUGUAUCUGAUGUAAAACAACCCCAGACAUUUGGUCAGAGUUCUGUGUUAAGUCCACACCCCUCAUUAGCAGGAAAUCACCUUUCGAGUCCAGGUACUCCUAACGACAGGUUGAUCUGUCACUCAAAGCAGGAGCCACACUCUCCAAGGACCUCAGGCAAUUCAACCUCCCCAUUCUCUAAGGUUUGCCCAACUAGUACAUCUGUAGUCUUGGGUACAAGUGGACCAUUGCCUCAGUAUGUGACAAACAUACAUCACCCUGAGCAGUCAGUCAUCAUGCCCCCUCAUAAUGUCACUCAGUCAGUCCCCAUUAGCCACAUAACUCAAGGAAAUGUCAGAAUGAAUACCCCUCCACUGUCUGGAAUGAAUUACGGAAUGCGUGCAGAUUCUCUCUCCUCCCCACGGCCUGGUUCUCAACAACGACCCACUACACCCCAGCCAGCAGUAAUCAGAGAUAUGCUGAUUAAAUCACAUACAGGUCCCCCUGGUUCUGGCCAAGUGAGCGGGGCAAGUGAUGACGAGGUGCGACUCUAUCACCAAGGUGCUCGAAGACCGUCCGUGCCCCAGUUACAAUCUGAUGUCAUGGUAAUCCAACCCGAGUACAAAGGGAUACAUCACAGUGGAUUGCGUCUUGAUCAGUACAAUAGAGACUUGCGCAUACUUAUGCACCAGCAGUUAAAAGACCAUCCAGGAGUUAUUGAAGCCCACCAGGCUCAAACACCAGAGUCUCAGUCGAUUGCAUCUUCUUCACACAUUUCUACAGCGUCCUCCAAAACUUCCCCGGUUGUUAAGAAUUCUCCACAGGCUUUGAGAGAUGCGUCAAAGGCAAUGGAAGUGAAGAUGCCACAUUCUCCUCAUUCAGAGAGUCGGAUAAUUGGUCACUCUUCUGGCUCUGUGAUCACUCCCCAAGGAGUGCAACUCAUACAUCCUGGCAAUUCAAGCUCUAUACCUGAGUACUACAGAGAAAUGCGUGGCUUCCGUUCUCAAUUACCAAGUCACUCAGUAAUUGGGAUUAAUAUGGCGAACCGCAGCAUCACUCCAUCUCAAGGGUCUCAGGAGGGGGAUCACAGACCAAAGGUUUCCCAUAUCACAUCAGCUGGUCCACUGGGUGAACCAAAACUUGACAUCGCACAUGUUAGGCAUCCAGGCUCCAUGGAUUUGUCCCAUGUUUCACGAAUCCAGAGCGAGACGCCCUCUCCCUCUUACACCUCUCCAACAGCCAUUACCCCCAAAUCCGACUUAUCACCUUCUCUGCAGAAGGGAUUUCAGAGCAUUGUCUCAGGGCAGCUUUCACUACCUUCUUCAGCAUCAGCCCAGAUACGACCAGAUAUAAAACUUGACCAUGCAGGGCAUCCAUCAGUUGACAUGGUGCAACUCUUGAAGAAAUAUCCAAUAGUAUGGCAAGGCCACUUAGCACUGAAGAACGAUAGUGCAGCUGUCCAGUUGCACUUUGUUUCUGGUAAUAAUGUACUGGCUCAUCGUUCACUGCCACCACCAGAGGGAGGUCCCCCUCUUCGAAUUGCACAGAGAAUGCGUCUAGAAGCUUCUCAGCUUGAAGGAGUUGCAAGAAGAAUGACUGUUGAGAGUGAUUACUGCCUCCUGCUGGCUUUACCUUGUGGACUAGACCAAGAAGAUGUUUUCAACCAGACUCAUGCCCUCAAAACCGGCUUUAUUACGUACUUACAGGCAAAGCAAGCUGCUGGAAUUAUUAACGUUCCCAACCCAGGCUCCAAUCAGCCUGCGUACGUCGUUCAGAUUUUCCCUCCAUGUGAGUUUUCUGAAAGCCACUUGUCUCACCUCGCUCCGGACCUCCUCAACAGCAUCUCCAGCAUCUCUCCGCAUCUCAUGAUUGUUAUUGCAUCUGUCUGAGACUUUCCAGGGAGAGCCCGUUUUCCUGAACAAGCAGAAUGCCAACACCAGCUGAACAACAUUCUGAAUGCCUGAAUGUUGACUGGGUUUACUCCCUCUUUUGGACAUGCGUUUGUUUUCCUUUGUUUGACUUUUUUCACCAGAUCCUUAAUUCAUUCUUUGAUCUCUUAUUCCAUUGAACCAUUUAACUCUCAUUUGAGAGCGCACAGUAGUAAAUGGAUCUAGAUUUGCAAUGAUCAAUUUUCUGAUCAUUCAUUUUACUGUUUUCAUUGCUGACGUUUUGAAGGUUUGUAUCUAUGGUUUUUUAACACAUUAAAGAUAAAAUCUUUUGAGGUUAAAAAGACAUGGGACUGAGAAACAGUUGUUUUUUAUUUCAUUGAAAUGAUGAUUGUGAUUUAUUAUUUUUUAAUUUUCUUAAAAAGAUGGAUCAGAUCAGUCAUUGCACUAUGUUAGGGAAAUCAAAAAAAUGGAAAUCUGUGGACUUUGUACAGAUUUGAAUAUUGAAGUGAUGCAUAUUACUUUGACAUGCUUCUGUCACCAGCCACACUUGUGUUAAAAUGGAAAAAAAAUAAGCUGGUGAAAAGCAUUUUGUGAAAUUUCUUGGUGAACUGUUGGGAAACAGUGUAUGAUAAAAAAAAAAACAAUUGUUUAUACUGCAACUACUGUUCUGUCACCAGUCAGCUAUUUACUUCCAUGUCAUUUUUGAAGCGACUCUCAGUGUGCGCUCUGUUUUUGCCUAAAGGGACUGAGCAGAGUUAUUGGGAGUUGUAGAGUUUACACUUGAUGCCUCAAUAGGGGAUUGUAUGUAAAUGUUUUCUCUUUUUACUCUAAAGACUUAAUGUGACUUGGGUUCUAAGUGGGACAUUGUAAAUAUUAUAAAUAUUUAAAUACGUUCAAAGCAGUCUGAAGACCCUGUGAAUUGCCGGGAUAACUACAUUGCCAUCAACUAUGAAAGAACAUAGUUUCAUCAGUAUCACCUUAAUUUUUUGUCUGAAUCAGUUCAGUGCCAAAAGCUUUUGAAAAGAAAGAAAAAAUUCAACAGUCAGUUCAAUCAAAUUUUAUUUUAAUACUUGACUUUGUACUUGUCACUGGAUCUUCUACAGCUCUGGUUUCACUUUGCCUUGUUUUAUAUAUUUAUGGUCCCCUACCUCUGUUUCUGUUAUAUUUCUUUUUUGUAUUAUCUGUCAAAUAUGUGCUAUGACGAUUGUCAUAAUUGUCAUAAAUGUACCAUUUUUACUUUUUGUUUGAACCCUUGUGUAUCAUUUUUGGCCUCUCGUUGUAUCAGAUACGCCUCUCAGUAUUGAGACGGUGCCGUGCAGGUGGUCAAAAAUACUUUGUUAAAAAUUGAAAUAUGUAAAAAGCUGUACAGAUCUGUAAUUUCACUCCCCUUUUUGUCUGGUGUCUGUCAUCUUGAGCCAAGAUGUAAAUACUCAUUUAUUCCAUGUAUAUUUUUUUGUUUCCUUUUUCAGCAUCUUUAUUUUGUUUUGUAAGACAAAACAAAGCAGCCUGAAGAAGCAGAACCAGAAGUAAAACGAUGCAGAAAAUCAUGUGUCAAACUCAGUCUUGCAGUUUGAUUAUACUGACUGCAAAUUGAUGAUUCAUGAAGACAUUAAAGGCACUUAUAAUUUUGAUAAACAAAUUCAAAAUUAACAUACCAAAAUGGAAAACAAACAGGAUUCCCUCUCUGUUUUAUUUCAUUUCAUUGUUCUGAGUGUAUUUUGCUGUUCCUCUAUGAGGACAUUUUGAAAUGUAAAAAAAGAAAUUGUUGGGUAACACUUCUACAGAUCAUUAAAUGGUCACUCAUUAUCUAC